AUGGCUGCUCCUCAUCUCCGGCAUCAAAACUCCCUCGAGGGCUUUGUGAACUUAUCGUCAAGCCCUCCUCUUCCAGCUAAUAUUCGUACCCAAGCCGACCACCGCUUCCAGGAGAUCAUGGAACGCUUCCGAGAUAGAGACCCCGACCGAAGCUCUAAAUACGAUCGACCUAAGCUUAUUAACCUCAUUUACCGAUAUGCUAUAUCCCAAAAGUCCAGAGAUAAUAUCUUGCGAGCCGUAUUUCGCGCUCUAGAGCUGCCGAUAGAGGGAGACGCGGUCGAUUUCUCAACCGAAACAGCGCUGUUAUUGCGUCUAAUUGGAUUUGCAGACCACUUGGUUGAUAAUUUUUUCAUGCCAUGUACGCUGAAAAGGAGCUACAACCGUGUACGCGCCUUUACAUGCUUGGUGCUAACCGAUUCCAUUACAGUACGGGCGUUAACGGCCAAGACGCCUCAGCCUACACCACAUUACCGGUCCGCAACGCUGCGAUCGAGCAGUAAGGAUUUCGUCGGAACACCCGAGCGACUAUCUACUCUUCGUGGCGACUGCCUAGUUCGGGAUAAGCAUCGAUGUGUUAUAUCACGAGUCUAUGAUAAGACGCGUGCAGAAAAACAGGCAGCAGCGGAUGUUAUGCUUGACGAUGAUCAGCGUCCAAUUAAAGACGGCAAGUUUGCUUAUUUGGAGGUUGCCCACAUCAUGCCACACUCCCUGGUGCAGGUCGGAUCGGAUUUAGAAGAGCUAAAUGAAGCAAGGAAAACCGCCCUAGAAAUCCUCAACAUGUUCGACAAUGACAUUGACCAUCGUAUCAAUGGCACAGAUAUUAACAGGCCGUUUAACGCGUUAACAUUAACCCUCAACUUGCAUCGAGCCUUCGGCAAUUUUGAAGUCUACUUCACAUCUAUCCGCGGCCGCGAGCAUACGUAUGAGAUUAGCACAUUCCAACGCACAGGGUUCACAGAGGUGGCCCUCCCUGUUGUGAGGACAUUACACCUCACGGAAGAUCGAAAUAUCGAGCCUCCAUCUCCCCAGCUUUUGGCUGUGCACCGUGCUAUUGCUCACAUUCUGCAUCUAUCGGGCGCUGGGCGUUAUAUAGAUCGCAUCGUUGAUAGCAUGAAUGAGCAACAGGCUAGAAGUGAUGGCUCCACAGAUCUAGGGAGUCUUGUACGCCUGCGCGCACAAGCAUGGAUCGCUGGCGGUGUAUAUAUGUAA